AUGAUCCUCGACAAUGGUGAACUCGUAUUUCUUUGGCUGGGUGCUCGAGCUAGUGAAGUCGAAGUGAAACUAGCAUAUAAGGCUGCCACGGUCUAUGUGGCUCAUAUGAGAAUGCGUCAGACAGACCGACCACGCACUUUGAAGUUGGCAAUAAAGGGCAAGGAAUCAAAGCGUUUCAAGAAGUGUUUUCAUGCCUGGGGACGGCAUAAGGUUCCCGCUGGAGAUUAA